AUGGAAAUCGAUGAAAAUGAUGAAAUUUUAUAUGAAAUUGAUGUUGAACUUCAUCGAACAAAACAAUCCAUAUAUUUAUUUCAAUAUCCAAUUCGACCAUAUUAUCGAAAAUAUGAUGAAACAUCAUUUACGAGUGCAAGAAUUAAAGAAAAACAUUCACUUGUAGAAAUGGAUUUACUUAUUGAUACACAAUCACCAAAUUAUUAUUCAACAAGAGGAAAACAAUUUGCUGAUAAUACAAAUCAUGAGAAUAAAAAUCAAUUUUUUAAUAGUGACCAUAUGGAUAAACAAACAAUUGCAUCAUCAAAUUCAUCUGAUGCUGAUAGUUAUUUCGUUGGUUUAUUCGACAGUAUAAGUCGUCAUUUAAUUCUCUGCCCAUUAAAAUCUGUUAUUCAAUUUCGACCACAAUUUAAUUAUCUUGAUACAACACCAUCGUCAGCAACUAGUUCAAAUUUAACCAAAGAUGCAAGUUUUAUUGAUGAUGAUCAAAUGAAUGCAAGUGAUGGUGAACAAUCGGGUAGUGAAAGUGAAGAAACUAAACCAGAACCUGCUGGAAGUUUAGUAACAAUGAAAUUCGAAAAAAAAGAAAGUGAAUAUCAUAAAAAGAAACAUCUUCAAUCAUAUAAUUAUUAUCGACAAACACGUGAUAAUGAACGUUGGCAAGAUCUUAUUUGUAUAAUGAAUGCUCAUUCAUUAGAUGGUCAACGUAUUCGUGAACAAUUUCUAUCAUAUAACAAUCAAUCUACAACAACUAACUAA